UGGGACACACAUGCACGCACAAAUACAAUAUUCUGUCAUUAAAACAAAAUUACCAAACUGUUGGUUUGAUAGCAGCUCCAAUAUGGUGAAAACAGAUAGAAUUACUGUUUUAUUUAUGUUAAUUAUAAUGCUGAUUUUCAGUAAAUGCCCAAGCCAUGGACUGGGAUCAGUAGAAGAAGAAGAAGAAGAUCGCAUAAAAUCAGUACCAGGACAGCCAAAAGUAAAAUUUGAGCAAUAUUCUGGGUAUAUUAUGGUUAAUAAACAUCCUGUUAGAUCUCUCUUUUACUGGCUUACUGAAGCUGCUGUUUCUCAACCUUUUUCUAAGCCUUUGGUUCUUUGGCUUAAUGGAGGGCCAGGAUGCUCGUCGAUAGCGUAUGGUGCGUCAGAAGAGAUAGGACCAUUUAGGAUAAACAAGAAGGGAUCAGGUCUGUACUUGAAUAAGUUCUCAUGGAAUCAAGAAGCUAACCUUCUCUUCUUAGAAGCCCCUGCCGGCGUAGGCUUCUCUUUUUCCAAUAGCCAAUCCGAUCUCUACAACACUGGUGAUCAUCGUACUGCAAAAGACUCCUUACAAUUCCUAAUCCGGUGGAUGAAUCGAUUUCCACGGUACAAAAACAGAGAAAUGUACAUAACAGGAGAGAGCUACGCAGGACAUUACGUCCCUCAAUUGGCUCGAGAAAUCAUAGCGUACAAUGCAAACUCCAAGCACCCUAUUAAUCUCAAAGGAAUCAUGGUAGGAAAUGCAGUCACUGACAAUUACUACGACAACUUAGGAACCGUUACAUAUUGGUGGAGUCACGCUAUGAUCUCCGAUAAAACCUUUCAUCAACUAACUAAAACAUGUGAUUUUCACCGACAGAAGAAUUCUGAUGAGUGUGAAACGCUAUAUUCAUACGCUAUGGAUCAAGAAUUUGGCAAUAUCGAUCAAUAUAAUAUUUAUGCUCCACCUUGCAAUAACUCUGACGAUUCUGGUUCUGGUUCUGCUGUUGUUAGUUCCACCUACAGGACUAUGAAGUUGCCUCACCUUCCUCAUCCAGUUUUCAAGAAGCUAUCUGGGUAUGAUCCGUGUACUGAAAAGUAUGCUGAGAAGUACUACAACAGACCUGAUGUGCAGAAAGCUCUCCAUGCUAACAAUACCAAGAUUCCGUACAAGUGGACUGCUUGCAGUGAGGUUUUAAAUCGGAAUUGGAACGACAGUGAUGUUUCGAUUCUUCCUAUUUAUCGGCAGUUGAUGGCAACUGGUUUACGGAUCUGGGUUUUCAGUGGAGAUGUGGACUCAGUGGUGCCAGUAACAGCUACAAGGUUCUCUCUUGCACAACUCAAGUUACAAAUUAAAGUCCCAUGGUAUCCUUGGUAUGUUAACAAACAGGUUGGGGGAUGGACGGAAGUAUAUGAAGGAUUAACUUUUGCGACAGUUAGAGGAGCAGGGCAUGAAGUGCCGUUGUUCAAACCAAGAGCAGCACUGGAGCUAUUUAGAGCAUUCUUACGAGGGCAGCCUCUUCCCAAGUCAUGACUCCUGAUCCUUUAUUUCUUCUGGUAGUUUAAGUAAAUUACCAGCAUAAUUUGUGUCCAAAUUGGAUGGCUUAAGUUGGGAAACUAUCCUUUUUAGUAGUCAACAAGGAAUUCUUGUUAGGAGAGUUAGGAGUGUCUUAAAAUUAUUGUGAGGUUUGUGGAAGGGACGUUAGAAAAAGAAUUUAUGAAGUAACCAUAGAAGUUUCUUUC